AUUUUUUCUUAUUAUCAACAAUUCAACGAAUGAAAAUUUUGUGAAUUGUGAUAAUUUUCUCUUUUUUAUUUACCUCAAAGGCUCAAAUUCAUUCAAAUUUCAGUAGAUUUUCAGUAAUUCAAAAGAAAUUUUCGAAGUAGAUGUCGAGAUCAUGAAGAGAAUCUGAAUGUGUAAACGUCGAUUGAUCUCUUAAAUUUUAGGGUUUUGCAGUUGAAUCACAGGGUUUAUUAGUUUGAACUUAUAACAGAGACGAAGGAAUCAUGUCAUACGAAGCAUCAGCGAUGAACAACAUCCGAUUAACAUAUAACGCCGACGGAACGCCGUCAUAUACACAUAUUGUGCAACCUACGUCGCCGUCACCAACGCCUGAUUACAACAACCCUAACGGCAACGGCGGAGGCGGAGAUUCUGGUGAAAACAAUUACGCGUUAGCAGUUACGACAGGGAUCAAUGUCAAUGGAAACGAUGUAGUGAAGCGGAAGAGAGGAAGGCCGAGAAAGUACGCGCCUGAUGGCUCUACGCCUCCGGCGGCGGCACUGCAUGGUACAGCGGCAGGACAAUCCGGUGACUUCUCAUCUCCGGUACCUUCUUCAGGGAAGAGACCAAGGGGUAGACCUCCGGGUUCUGGAAAUAAACAGCAGCCUGCUGCUUCAGGUUUACCUGGAGCAGGAUUCAUGCCACAUAUUCUUGAUGUGAAAUCUGGAGAGGAUGUAUUAGCAAAACUUGUAUGGUUUUCUCAAAACAGCACAAGAGCUCUAUGCAUUCUAUCAGCAAGCGGUUCAAUAUCAAACAUCACACUUCAACAAACAGCAACAUCUGGUGGCACAGUUACCUAUGAGGGAAGAUUUGAGAUCCUGUCACUUUCUGGUUCAUUCAUGGCGUCUGAAAGUGAAGAUGGUCAACGGAGUAGAACCGGUGGGCUAAGUGUGGCGUUAUCUGGGCCAGAUGGGCGGGUGUUGGGCGGCAACGUGGCGGGGCUUCUGACUGCCGCCACGCCAGUUCAGGUGAUUGUUGGUAGUUUUAUUCCGGCGAGUCAGAGACAGGUGAAAGGAGGAAAAGGUAAUAAUAAUAAUAAUGAAGCUGAAGUUGUGAAUGCUCCGGCGAACCACCCUGUGUCUGGGGGGAGUUUGAGUUUGAGUGAGUCUUCAGGUGGUGGGCUGGGGAGCCCAGUUGGAGUUGGACAGAGUAAUAAUAGCAAUCCACAAGGUAUGGGUAAUAAUAUGGGUUGGAGAUAGAUUAGAUAGAUAGGUUGCUUUUUUGUUUUCCGGUUAUACCCUUCAUUUCGUUCACAUUCUUAAGUUAUUUUAAACAUGUUUUCUUUAGUUUCAUGAGAGUAUGCGUCAAGGGUAAGAUUGUAAAAGAUUGGAUUUUUGUGCU